AUGCGGUCCCACGGAGCAAUGAAGGACGAGGAGGCGAUUGAUGCCGCGAAGGAGGCGACGCGCGGGGCCGUCUACGGCGCCGUCAAGUGGGGUGCUUUGGCGGGCAUCCUCGGUGGGAUCGGGUACCUCACAUCGCCCUUGUACCGGAGCCUGACGAUUCAGUUCAAAGUGUACAUUCAAAUGUCGGGCAUGGCGUUUGGGUCCAUGGUCGAGGCCGACAGCAGGAUACGGCAGUAUGAGGCCCAUGUGAGGAUGCAGCGGCGGAUAGCGAGGGACAAAGCCAUGUGGCAGAGGUUUGAGGAGGAGUACGGAAAGGACGACGAUGAGUGA